CUUGCAAUGAACGACGUCGAGAACGGCGCGCACGAUGUGCAGCCUACAGAGACCACCGCCCUCCUCACUACCAGAACUCCUCCUGGCCAAGGGGAUCGUGUCCUGCGCGACGCGGACCUCUGUCCUAUCCAACUGAAAUCGCGCGCGGAUGAGACCGCAUUCUCACUCAUUGUCCUUCUGUAUGCUCGGUACAACGUGCUAGAGCAAUGGCAGACGGGGCAGCGGCAAGUGCAAGACUUGCACCUCCUCGAUCAGCGGCUCCUCGGUCUCUGGAGUGCCUUUCUCGCACAAUGUCACUCAGAAUUGGAAGUUGAAGCAGUGCUAUGGAUGUCAUUCCCUUAUGAAAAGCAGGGGCGUGAGUCAAAGAGAGUGGUGGACUUCCUAUCUGGACACCCUGUCCUGGAGGAAUUUCUGACGCAUCCUGUCGUUCUCCUCAGCAUUAGGAGGACUUGGAGGCGAGGUUGGGUCCGGAAUGAGAACGAGCGACCAUUCCCGACACGCUUGGUGCAUCGAUUUGACGCACUUUGCACUCCAAGAGUAUUGCAUGCGAUAGACCUUAUCCUGCUUAUGGCAUACCUGGCGACACUCGCGCAUUUUCUUGUUUUUCCUCCGUCCCGCUCCAUAGACCCGACCGCCCUGGCGUCUCCAGACAGUCGCGAGCGUGCGUUGAUGCUCUACCCAGUUGCAAAGCUCUUCAAGCCACCUGUAUACUCCGUUGUACCAUACAUCCUAGUGCUGGGCGCUUUCACCUCGCAUUUGCCGCAGGUGCCUUACCCGGACGAUGUCGCCUAUGGGGUCUUGCUCUUUGCGUUCUCGUGGAUGAUCAUCGACUUGCACCUCCCCAUGUCAACAAGUCCCCUACAUCUUUUUCCCGCGGAGGUAGUCCUACCUCGUUCUGUUUUAAUCCUGCACGGCAUCGCCCGCAUAUUCAUCCCCGUGGUCACCUUCUUCCUUCCCGCACUGUUGCUCUCCUUGUUCCUCCUGUCGACAUCACUAGCCGACUUGUUCCCGAAUGCAAUGCGAACAACAUUCGCCCCGGCUCCCAUCGAAUCAAGAGUAGCCUUCCUCUCGCUCUUCGCCGUUCUGUUUCUUCUCAUGGUGUGCUCUCUGGUCAUGCUUGUACUGGUCUAUCCAUCCUUCGCAUCGCAGACCUCCUGUAGCUCCUGGGAUCGAUGUUCGAAACCAAUUGGUUUGGAGGCCCGCCGGUUCUUCAUCCGCACGGUUAUCCGAUACUCUACGCCAUACGUUUUCCCGGCACCAUUCAAUUUGCUUCAGAUAUGCAUCCGCGUGCCCGCUGCCGUCCUCACCGCCGUCUGCGGUGGGGAUAAUAUGGCUUCGAUUCAUGCACCCAGUCUGCCCGAGCGCAUUGUGUGGAGAGUGACCAUCGCACCACUAGGUGUCGUGUUUGGCGCUUUUUGGCUAUGGGGGCUUAAGAGCAGGUAACAGAUACGCGCACAGGACUGUUUACAUGCUGGAUAUUCGGGACUGUCUAUUCAUCUAUAUGUCCGAUAUCGACGUCGAUUCCAGAGGGCAGCAGACUUGUGCCCGACGUGGACACCGGCAGAUUUUUAAUUCAUCAGGACUGUACACCCUUCUCGUGAUAUGGCCCAGUAAUGAUUAUUAUGGAAAGUUUCAUCACUGUGCAGUGCUGGCGUAUCUGGUGCUAACGGGCACUGCAAGGUUCUGUACAGACAGCCUUCUGUGCGUGCACUCCCGAUCAACGUUAGCGCUGCAGUGACGAUCUC